ACGGCCUCUCUUGCCUGACAUCCUGUGCAUGCAUAUAGUAGAGUAGGAGUUGCUAACUUCCUAAUCCGAUCGAUGGAUCAUCGUCUUAUUCAGCACCAGCAGCACAUCCAGCUCGCGCCUAUGGCGGUGGCACACCUGCAAGUGCCGCACCCACACCGGCGCCGGCGCAACAAUGAUGGUCCAUGCUUCACCAGCAUGUGCCCUUUCCUCCAUGGCAUGGUCUACAUAGGGGAGACGACGGUGGUAAUGGAGAUGCUUCCGAAACAAGUCGCAGCGGCAGAUUGUCGACCCACCGGAAAGGAUUAGCAGGGAGCAUGUACAUUCAAGGGGAAACGGUAGGAGUCGGGAUGCAGCGGCAGCCAGUAGGUCGGCAAAAAGUGUGGUUGCAAAAAUCAACGAGGAAGAGGCGCGAUGGAGUCAAACAAUGGGGGAAAACACAUAACAUGGGCGACUACAGAGUUUCUAUCUUGUGCUGGAAGUUGCAAGUUAGAGGGGAGAUUGAGCAAUUUUUAUUUUUAGUUGUUUUACCAAGUUGUUGGAGGAGUGUGUGUUUUCCUUUUUACCAAAAAAAAUACUCAAAUAGGGAGUUCAUUUACCACGUUCCUGAGAAGGAAAGGAGUGGCCUAGGGUUUCUCUCCCCUCUCUUGGCUAGCUAAAACGAGUCUGACACUGAAAUGAGUCUAACCAUUGGCUAAUACGUGUUAGAUGAUAGGAUAUUUGUCGUUAUGAUAGAGUCUGACACUGAAAUGAGUCUAACAUUUUUGUUUUGUGCAUAAUAAGGCCUGCCACAACUUUCACGGUUUAAUAACUCAAGUCUGAUUCUUGCUGUUGCUGACACAGUUUAAUAACUUUUUUCCUUUGUGUCGUGUUCAUGUCUGGUCUAUUUUUAAUUAAUUUUGUUUGUUUCCUUAUAUGUGUACUUGCAUGUUGCGUUGGAUUCUUGCGUUGAUCAAAAGGGGAGUACUGAUUCUGGACAUGCAAGAAAAAGAGUUUGAAGUAUUUGAGACAGGCAAGUGUCCUUAUCAUAUUACUCCCUCCAUUCCAAGCAUCUAUAAGCAUGGACAGUGCAGCAUACACGAGGUGACUGCAGCAGGGAGGAACACCGUGCUACAUGUGGCUGCGGCGCAAGGGCACCAUGAGCUGAUCCGGGAGCUGUACCUCAGGUUCAGGGAUCAUCAGGGCCUGCUCUCUCGCCGGAACUUAGCGCUGGACACGCCGCUGCACUCCGCGGCGAGGGCUGGGCACGCCGCGGCCGUCAAGAUGCUCGCCGAGGGCGCGCACAGCGUCGUCAAGGACCUGCUCUGCAAGGGCAAGGUGCGGACCAACGUCCUGAACAAGGACGGGCACACGGCUUUGGAUCUCGCCGCCGGAUCGACCAACUUCUUCACCAUGGUAAGCCUGGUGGUGACGCUGGUCGCCUACGGGGCGCAGCUCCGGCCGCAGAGGCAGGACCACCUGAAGCCGUGGAUGUCGGCGGCAGCGUGUCAGGGGCAGGGGAAGGGGAUAGACAAGACCUCCGACAGCCUCGCCGUGGUACAGCGAGACCACGGGCCAGGCCAUCCUCGCUCGCAGGGUCACCUUCAAGUGGUUCCUCUGCCUGGACACCGUGGCCGCGGCGUCGUCCGUGGUCGCGGUGGUCCUGCUCGUCUACGGCAAGGCAUCGCGCUCCGCGGGCUCGUGGAGGAGCUUCGUGCUGGCGCUGCACUGCAUGUGGGUGUCGCUCGUGAGCCUUUUCCUGGCCUUCAACGCGGCGCUGACAGCCGUGGUGAGCGCAAGGGCGGCCUACUUCUACGGCUUCUUGGCCAUCUACGUGGCCGUCUAUUUCCUCACCAUCUUCAUCGUCAAGUGGAUCGGGCCUCGCACUGGGUUACGCACAGUCUGGAGGUUUCUACGUCAGUACAAGCGAUUCAAAGCACCGCAUGUCAUCAGGCGGCAGUAUCCGCUCGCCGGCGCUAUCGUUCUCAACUUGAUUCUCUUUUCGGUUACAAGUUUAUCAGCCUACGUCGGCGUUGUUAUCAUAGUUGCAACGUCCUACAGCGAGGCGCGAGUGCGACUGCCCACCUCACCUGCACCUGCACCUGCACCUUCUCCACUUUCCCUUUAGAAAAAUCAAGUAUGCAUGUAUAUAUAGCAUCAUGCAUCCACUGCUACUGGAGACUGGGUCUUUUGCCAAGUAGUGUCUCCAACUUUGCCGAGUGCUAAAUAUCGGGCACUGUAAGUUAAUUCAAAUACGUAUUGUAAAACAUAUGUGGAACCACUGUAUGUAAUCUAGCAAGGAAUGAAACGAGGAGGAAUUUUAAUUGGAAAAAUGCUUGGUUGCAA